UAAUUCUUAUUUUAUUUAUUUAAAUGCUCCGAUGCAUAUAAUAUUACUUAAACUAUAAUUACUAUACAUGUAAUAGAUUUCUAACUCGUAAUACAAUCAAUAUUUAAUACGCUACUUCGUGGUACUCCGAGUCAACGUUCCAGUGAGUUUCACACUGUAAUGUUUUGUAAUCAAUGUCAAACAGCACUAUUGGCGCGUUGCCAGCAAUAGUCCCGAAAUAGUUUACGCCGGCGUGAUGAUAUUUUCCAUUUACUCCACUCCCUGUUUUAUUUGACAUAGCAAUAUAUUAUGGACCGACACCACCCACUUAACGCGAGUUUCCACGGCUCCAUGAGGAGCAGGGAUUCUUCAUCAACAGUUGGCAGUGAUGCAAGAGAGAAGAUAAAAGACUGUUUCAGAAAAUUCAUAGCUUUUAUGUUUACACAAGUGGGUGUCGGCGCCCUUGUUGUUUGCUACGCUAUCCUAGGCGCGGCGGGCUUCAUGCACAUUGAGAAAGAUAGCCCUGAUGUGCAGCUACAUGAAGUGAGGCGGCUCCGACAGAACUGUGCAGAGGCCCUGUGGAACAUCACUAUUACAGACAACUUAUUCAAUGAAACUGCCUGGGUGAUUAAAGUGAAUGAAGUACUCAAAGUGUUCCAAAAUAACAUCACAGCUGCCAUUCACACUGGCUACAAUGGCCGGUCCGCUGAGGACAUCUGGUCAUUCCCAGCAGCUCUCAUGUAUUCCCUCUCAGUGUUCACUAUGAUUGGAUAUGGGAAUAUUGUACCCAAGACAGUGUGGGGCAAGAUUGUGACUAUAGCAUAUGCUUGUUUUGGUAUACCAAUAUAUGUUUUGUACUUCUGUAAUAUGGGCAAGGUGUUAGCUCAGUCGUUCAAGUGGUUGUACAUAACUGCCCAUGAGUGCAGCAGAAGAGAUGACACAUUGUUUGAAGAUGGAGAAAUGCAACCGGUGAAGCGGAAGAUUACAGUGCCAUCAACAGCCUGUUUGUGGGUCAUAUCUUUCUACAUAGUCACUGGGACGAUAAUGUUUGGAGCAUGGGAGAAAUGGAACUACCUGGAUUCUACAUACUUCUGUGUAAUAAGUUUGUGCAAGAUUGGCUUUGGUGACUUCGUGCCAGGUGCCAAUAUAGCUGACUCGGCAGGUGGCUCUCAUUUGAAGCUGGUUAUCAACUUCAUCUAUGUUCUUCUGGGCAUGGGUCUAGUAGCUAUGUGCUACAACCUCAUGUGUGAAGACGUCAGAGUGAAGGUCAGGGAGUUACGGGAAGAUUUGAAGAACUGUCUGGAUGAUAUUACCCUGAAGAUCACUGUGUGUAUGAAUGACACUAAAUACUAUCACCAGAAAAAUAGUCGGAAUGUAAAGUGACUGUAAUGUACUAAUUUUAUAAUUUAUUUAAGGAUACAUUAUUGCAUAUAAGUCAAUAGCCAUGUUGUAUAAUUUAUUUUAAUUAAUAAAUGCAUUUAGUUACUAUAACUUGUGUACUCAUUAAAAAUCUUCCUGAACCACAUUAACUGUAAUCUCAAAAUGAAAGCAAUAAUUGAUUUUAAAUUUUUCCUUUAUAUGAUAGCAAAAAUCAUCUCCAUAUUUUUCUACAGACCUUUUACUUUGGAAGCAAUAUCUUCUAUCUGAAUUAUUCAAAAUUAGCAGUACAUAGGAAACUAUGACAGACAAACAGACAGAUGAAAAUCUGUCUGUCUGUCUGUCUAUUUGCAAUAAAACAUAACACAUGAAAAAAAUGUUUAUCCAUUUGCAAUGGUGUGUCAUUACUUUCGAGACUUCUUGAUUCUACAGGAAAGUAUAAAACUAAAAUGAAUUAUAUGUUAACUACUGUGGCGAAAACUGCUUGUGCAAUGCUGACAAUUAAAUAUAAUCU